UUAUAUUUUCUUCAUCCCCACCUUCUUCACAAAUUACGACCCAAGCACUAUAUUUCUCUCUGUAUCGUUCUGUUCCAUCGUUCUCGCCAACAACCCCUUUCAACGUUUUACUGCAUAAGUCUUCACCGUUCUUUUUCUUCCCUUCUGCUAAUUAGUUAAUUAAUUCAUAGCAUUUGUUUCUUUUAUAUUUUCCCGUGUUUUCCUUCUUCUUCUUCUUAUCCCGAAUUUGAUUUUUCUGUUUCUCUUUUGAAUCGUUCUUAAAGUUUUUUUCGUACUUCAAAGGUUCGUGUACUAUUACCAUUCGUUUUUUUCGACGAAUUAUUAGGGUUUUUGUGAGAUUUGUGUUGGUAAUAAUUCAAAUUGUGUUCUACUGUUAUCAUCUGCAUCGAAGAACCCUAAUCCACAACGAACCCUAAUUCCUUCUUCAAUCGACAAUUCCUGUGAUUCUUAAAUCUGCAAACAACGGUUUCUGUGAUUCCUUCAACGAUUUCUGCUACGGAUUCAUUUUUCGAAGAAUCGGCUUGUUGAUGCUAGCCGACAUUGGACAUCUUUAUUGCAACCAUGACAUCUGGUUCUGAAGCCGUUUCAUGGAACGUUCAGAGCUCCACAGCGAAUGGAAUUUAUUCUAAUCCGACCUACCAGUAUGACCAGCAUCCGCAGCUGCAGCCGCCCGGAGGAAGCGUUCAAGAUGGUCAAAGUGUAUCAUCAGUUGCUGGUAAUUCAUCAAAUUUGGGAACAGCUAAUGCACCACAAGAUUAUAAUGCAUACACAUCAUAUGCAAAUUCUUCUAAUCCAUAUGGUUAUGGCAGCACGGGAUACUCAGACUACUAUAACAGCUAUCAGCAGCAGCAACCUAAUCAUGCUUAUUCUCAGCCUGUAGGAGCAUAUCAAAAUACAGGUGCUCCUUAUCAGCCUAUUUCCUCCUUUCAGAAUACUGGGUCUAAUGCUGGAUCCGCAAGUUAUUCAAGCACUUAUUACAAUCCUGCUGAUUAUCAGACUACCGGAGGUUACCAAAACAGCAACGGAUACGCAAAUCAAGCGCCGGCGUGGAACAAUGACAGUUAUUCAAGCUAUGCCUCUCAUCCAUAUACAAGUUACGCCACAGAUUCCAGUAGCUCUUAUAGUACUGGUGCUGCAGCUACUUCCGUGCAGUAUCAGCCACAAUACAAUCAAUGGGCGGAGUAUUACAGCCAAACAGAAGUCAGUUGUGCCCCAGGGACAGAAAACUUGUCUGUCCCAAGUUCAUCUACUUUGGGUUGUCCUGUUCCUGCUCCUGCAGCUGCUAGUGGUUAUGCACCUCCAAAUUACCAGCCUCCACAAUCAUAUCCACAAUAUUGGGCACAAGAGUCCAGCACUCCUGCUGUGCCGCCUUUACAGCCUGCUGCAGUAAAUAGUGGUGGUCAUGAUGAUUACUGGAAACAUGGCGCCCAAACUAGUUCUCAAAUUCAUCAAACUAGUUCUCAAAUUCACCAAACUAGUUCUCAAAUUCACCAAACUAAUCCUAUUCAACCAAACUAUCAAAGUCAUUUGGAUUUAAAUUCUUCUUAUGAUAAAUUUCAGGAUCAACAACAGAAGACAGUAUCUUCUCAAGGAACCAAUUUGUACUUCCCUCUUCCUCCUCCUCCCCCUCCCCCUCAACAGGUGAAUCUGGCGCCCUUACAAAGUGCUUCAUCUUUGGAUACAAAACGAGUAAACAAGCUUCAGAUUCCAACAAAUCCUCGAAUUGCUUCAAAUUUGACAUAUGAACAACCUAAGCCCGAAAAAGAUAGCUCCACAUCCAGUGCAGCACUGAAGCCUGCUUAUAUUGCUGUUUCAUUGACAAAACCAACUGAGAAACUAUCAUCUAAUGAUGCUGCUAAUUCAAUACUUAAGCCCGGUAUGUUUCCCAAGUCUUUGCGUGGCUAUGUUGAAAGAGCUUUGGCUCGUUGUAAAGAUGAUAAGCAAAUGGCAGCAUGCCAGGCUGUCAUGAAAGAGAUGAUCACCAAGGCUACAGCUGAUUGUACCCUAUGCACACGUAAUUGGGAUAUGGAACCACUCUUCCCAAUGCCGGAGGCAGAUGCAGAAAAUAAAGAUAAUUCACUGUCUUCAACCCAUGAUUCUUUAUUGCCGAAGUCUAGAAAAAGUCCUAGACGAUCUAAAAGUAGGUGGGAGCCAUUACCAGAGGAGAAGCUGGUUGACCAUCAUCCUGUGUCAACAAGUAGUGAUACUGUAAAAUACAGUAGUUGGGUGCCGCCGGUUAACCAUCAUCCUGUGUCAACAAGUAAUGAUACUGUAAAAUACAGUAGUUGGGUGCCUAAUGAAAAGGAUAGAAAGGUGGUAGUGGAAAACAAAGAGAGCAAGGAAGACAGUUGGAGGAAUACAAAAUUUUCUCCAUUAUUUCAGAGAAUAUCGAGUAAAGCUCCCCAAAGGCCAUUUAAGAAGCAGCGUCUUGCUGAUGUUUCUACUGCUCAUGAAAAUGGUGAUGCAUCUAGUGAUAGUGAUAAGGAACAAAGUUUGACAGCAUAUUAUUCUGCUGCAAUGGCUUUUAAUGAUACACCUGAGGAAAAGAAAAGACGUGAAAGUCGUUCUAAGCGAUUUGAUUUAGGACAAGCACAACGAACAGAAAAUAAUCACUCAAGGAAAAAAAAUGCUAGAGCUGGAAACUUGUACAACAGAAGGGCUAGUGCUCUGGUGCUUAGCAAAAGCUUUGAUAAUGGUGUCAGCAAAGCUGUUGAGGAUAUUGACUGGGAUGCUCUUACUGUAAAGGGUACCUGCCAGGAAAUUGAAAAGCGAUACCUGCGCCUAACAUCGGCACCAGAUCCUGCCACCGUAAGACCUGAAGAGGUUCUUGAAAAAGCACUAUUAAUGGUUCAAAAUUCCCAAAGGAAUUACCUUUAUAAAUGUGACCAGUUAAAGUCUAUUCGCCAAGACCUAACGGUGCAACGGAUACACAACCAAUUAACAGUCAAGGUAUAUGAAACUCACGCCCGGUUGGCACUGGAAGUUGGGGACCUGCCUGAAUAUAAUCAGUGCCAAUCUCAGUUAAAGGCUCUUUAUGCUGAAGGGAUCAAAGGCUCGUAUAUGGAAUUUGCUGCUUACAACUUGCUUUGUGUUAUAAUGCAUUCAAAUAACUACAGAGAACUCCUAUCAUCAAUGGCAAGGUUAUCUGACGAAGCAAAGAAGGAUGAAGCUGUAAAACAUGCUCUGGCAGUUCGCGCAGCUGUAACUUCAGGAAACUAUGUUGCGUUCUUUAGAUUGUACAAAGCAGCUCCGAACUUAAACACCUGCCUUAUGGAUCUAUAUGUCGAAAAGAUGCGUUAUAAAGCUGUGACCUGCAUGUGCCGAUCAUAUCGGCCAACCGUACCCGUUUCCUACGUAUCUCAGGUUCUAGGAUUCUCAUCUGUCGUUGUCACAAAUGAAGCAAAUGAUGAGAAAGAGGCCGCUGCUUUGGAAGAGUGUUUAGAAUGGUUGAAAGCUCAUGGUGCCAGCAUAAUUGCUGACAACAAUGGAGACAUGAUGGUUGAUACAAAAGUUUCAUCCUCUAGUUUAUUUGUGCCAGAGCCAGAAGAUGCUGUGGCCCACGGAGAUGCCAACCUUGCUGUUAAUGAUUUUUUAGCAAAGGCACCUUUAUAGCGAAAAAUGCUGCAACCCUUAAUGUAUCUGUAGGUUUGUUAUAUUUGUAGUCAGAAUAGAAAAAGGUUGUCUGAUCGUAUCCCAGAACCUGGGACUAGUUUCGUGGAAUUAUAAUUAUACUAUGUGAAAGGAAAAUAGAAAAUGGAGCCGUGUAUGACCUUUGAUAAUCAUUUGUUUUUUGGGGUGCUUACCAUUCUUUCUUGGUAAAGGACAGAACGAUGUAAUUUAAUUCAGAAUAUAGAUAAUAAAAGCACAUUAUAAUUUCCAUUUCUUACCA